GGCUCCCUCGAGGGCCAGCACCCAUCGCUACCAGCGCACGACCCAUCACACGCCACACCACCUGCGCCUAUGUUGAUGCCCGCCACCUCACCGCAUCCCCUCUCACUCGCUUGCUGUUCUUUCUGGCUGGCUUUUGCUGGCUCGCUCGCCGUGUCUCACUCACCCACUGUCUCUUGCUCACUGUCUCACACACCCGCUGGCUGCUCUCGCCCACUGUCUCUCACCCCGCUGUCUCUCACCCUCCGUCUCUCACAGCCUGCCUCGAUGACCUACUAUCGGAUCCAAAGGUGAAUCGAUAUGCAUGUUAACAGAGCUGACGUGGUAGCUGCAUGUACCUACUGCACAAAAGAUUGAAUUUGUGAAUCAAGAACGGGG